GUUUCAUCUUCAUAAAAAAAUAGGCAAAUGAGUAUUAAUUCAUCAAAUUACUGUAGCGCAUACGUGGCGAUACUUUGUAAUCUGGUGGAUCAAGAUGGUGCCGAGUGGUAAUAUAUAUGCGAAACGAGUUGAGAAGAAAAAGUUGGCGAGAACAAAAAACGCUCAACAGAAACAAUGUCGUUCUACGAUGAAAUUGAGCUUGAAGAUUUUACGUUCGAUUCUGUGAACAACAUUUACACAUUUCCCUGCCCUUGUGGCGACCGUUUUGAGAUUUCCCUCGAAGAUUUGAAGAACGGUGAAGAUGUUGCUCGUUGCCCUAGCUGCAGUUUGAUUGUCAGAGUCAUUUUCGACGAAGAUAUGUUUGUUGAGACGGAAGACACUGAACAAGUGGAAGCACCGGUUGUUGUUGUCGCCUAAUUGUUUAAAUUUCUCAUUAUUGGUCAGGUUUUUAUCUAUGAAAUUUGUUUUGUUGAAAUAGACAGGAGGAAAUCAUUAGGAGAAUUGUUGUUGUACAUCUAUUGUGUAUUGUCAUUGAUUGAAUAGCUCAUUUUGUACAUCCUCUAUCUAAUCAAAAGAGCUGUUAAUUAAUGUUCUAUAUUGCCAUUGGUAUUUGUAAUAUUUCACUUAACGAAA